CUGAAAAAGACAAACAGCGAUUCCAUUCAGAGCUCUUGCAGUUCAAUCGCUUCGGUGGUAGUCAUUGCGAACCGACUUCCGCUGACUGUUAAGAUCACGGACCCAGAGAGUGAAACUGGCUACACCAUCGUCAACAGCAGUGGCGGACUUGUGUCUGCGUUGAAGGCCAUUAAAAACAUAGACUACGUCUGGGUCGGUUGGCCGGGUUGCGCCGUACCCGAGAUUAUGCUGAACAGUUUUAUCAAAGAUUGCGCGGACGCGAACUGCUGUCCGGUGUUCAUGAGCAAAGAGCUGAUCGACGGUUUCUAUGACGGUUACUGCAACAAAGUGAUCUGGCCAAUUCUGCACUACGUUAUAAACGAUGCGCACGAUAACAUAAGCGAAGAGUACGCAGCGUAUGAAGAGGCGAAUCGGCUUUUCGCCGAAGCAGUAAAGGCCUAUUAUGUCGACUACAAGCAGAAACACCCUAACAAAGAAGUAAUCCUUUGGGUUCACGACUACCACCUGAUGAUUUUGCCGCAGAUCUUGCGUCGCGUCGUGCCCGACCCGAACGCGAAAAUCGCCUUCUUUCUGCACACGCCUUUCCCGCACCGCACGAUGUGGAGCACGAUCCCACAGUGCAAGAAGCUGCUGCUCGGUUUGAUGCACUGCGACCUGGUGGGGUUUCACAUUUACGAGUAUCAGAAGCACUUUAUGAACUGCUGCGAAUCGUUGGUAGGCGCCACAAUCUGCGACUUCACGAUUGAGUCGAAAGAGAUGACCGGCUACAAUGUGCGUUGCAUCAGCUCGCCGAUCGGCAUCGACCCAAAGCCGUUUAUCGAUGCUAGCGCAAGCCAAGAAAUCAAGCUCGCACGCAAGAAUUUGCGCGCGCGCUACAACAACCGAUACAUCAUUCUGGGCGUUGACCGGCUCGAUUACAUGAAGGGCGUGUACCAGAAGCUCAAAGGGAUCGAGGUAUUCCUCAAGAAAUACCCAGACUACAAGCACGAGAUCGUGCUGAUCCAGCUCGCAGUGCCGAGCAGACAGGACGUUCCGGCGUAUCAGAAGCUGAAGCGCACCGUGCACGAGCUAGUCACCGCAAUCAACGGCACCUCGACCGAGGCACCAGUCAUCGAGCACUGGGACCAGUCACUCUCGUUCAAAGAGCUAGUCGCCGUGUAUACUGCGGCGGACGCGUGCUUGAUUUCGAGCAUCCGCGACGGCAUGAACUUGGUAGCCUUCGAGUACCUUGCGUGCCAGUCGCAAAAUUGUGGCAGUCUACUGCUCAGCUGCUUUACGGGCGCGGAGCGCAGUCUCGCACACGCAGCGAUCACAUUCAACCCGUGGGACCCCGAGCAAAUCGCAGACGCGAUUUACGAAGCGAUGUGCACCGGUAAAACCGAGCGCGCGAACCGAUUGCGCUGGGGUCUGAAACACAUUUCCGAACACACUGCUGAACACUGGGCAAAGAUUUUAUUAAACGAUUUAUUAUGUUAG